ACUUUUGACCAAAAAUAUAUUUGCAGGCAAUGUAAAAUUUGAUAAAAUCGACAAAGCCACACCACCAUGAUAAACAUAUUUUGAUGAACUUUUGAAGUUACCUUAAACUUAUUGCUCAGAGAAGACGGGGACCAAUAAUGCAGGGUCGGAAUUGCGAAGAACGGCUCAAUCUAAUAUUGUACGAACAGUCACAGAAGUAAUGUGUUGAAAUUGUAAUCAUAAAAAGGAAGAAGAACGGAACAAUGUGGAGCCUUUAAAAAGUUGUAGAUUAUUGAUGAGAGUGAUUAUUGAUGAUAGAGAGCAUUAUAUAGUAAGGUUGAAGGAUCACUUAAAAGACAGUAUUUGCAUGUCUUACGGUCAAAGAACGAUUCUUUAUCAGGUGUCAAUUGUUAGUGACACGGACUAUCGUGGAAGUAGUGGAUGGCGGAGGCGUGACAGCGGACAGGAAGAGGAGAAGAGAGUUUGGGCCUUAGUGAUGUGUACGAGGAAAUGACUUCAUUAUUAAUUCUGAUUUGGCUACAGCCCAAUUUUAUGUAUUUUAAUUUUUGUUGAAAAGUAGUGCUUGUGUUUUAUUUCCGCGUGCGACAAAUGCAGUGUUGAAUGUUGACAGUGUGGGUUCUCCGUAUUCAAGACUUAUUUCUUUCGGAAGUUUAUUGUUACACGUGAAUAUUUCACAACGGUGUGAUUUACCCGGUGAAAUUUGACAUCAAAUAUGAAUUUUAAGAAUUGACUGGGCUUACAUGGAAUUUUAAAGUACUUCUGGCAGUAAAAUUUCCUAUCAUGAUGGAGCUGAGCCACAGUUUAACUCUAAAUGAGGAAGCACUCCAUCAAAUACCUGAAGCAAAGCGUCCAGUUUUUGUUUUUGAGUGGCUACGGUUUUUGGAUAAAGUUCUGUUAGCUGCACAAAAGUCUGACAUAAAGGGCUGCCAAAAGAAACUUGUGGAUCAACUUACGCAUCAUAUUCAAGAAUCUCCUGGUCCACCCACUCGGAGACUAAUUGCGCGAUGUCUGGCAACUUUAUUUAGUGUGGGUGACACCUUUCUUCUCUUUGAUACUGUCAAUAAGUGCAACGAUAUCUUGAAAAAUAAAGAUGAUUCGCCAAGUUUUCUCCCCACUCGAUUGGCUGCCAUUUGCUGCAUUGGUUGUAUGUAUGAAAAACUAGGGCGAAUGAUGGGACGAUCGUAUGAGGAGACUGUACAGAUCCUUAUCAAAUCACUUCGUAGUGCUGAGUCUCAAACAAGACUGGAAAUUAUGCUCACUUUAGGAAAGGUUUGCUUAGGAAUGAGCAGUGCAAUUACUAACGUGCACAAGGAAAUAUACAAGGCAGCUCGCCAGUGCUUGACUGAUCGAGUGAUGGCUGUGCGAUGUGCAGCUGCAAAGUGCCUUAUGGAGAUGCUGAAUCAUGCCACUUUCCUCUACACAACUGAGUUAGAAAGUUUGGCAACAUUGUGCUUCCGUGCAUUUGAAGGCUCAAAUUAUGAAGUUCGAUGUGCAGUAGCAAAAUUACUGGGCAAUCUCAUUGCUGCUACUCAACUAAACUGCAAAGGAAAUAAUACUGCUGCUCAAGUCAAAGGAAGUAAAUCAAUCUCUCUUGAAGAAGCCUUCGGUAUCUUAAUGUCUGGCUUCCUAAGAGGAGGCAUUGGGUUUUUGAAGGGUACUGGUGAAAUUAUUAAAGGAAGUUCAAGUGUGAGUAAGGAAGUUCGUGUUGGAGUAACUCAUGCAUAUGUAGUAUUUGUUCAGACAAUGGGUGGUGCAUGGCUUGAGCGUAAUCUGGCUGUUGUUCUGGCUCAUGUUUUGGAUCUUGUUGCAAAUCCGAAAGCAGCUUCUUCGCAUGUUGAUGCCGUGUAUUCCAGAAAAUGCAUCAGUUUCAUAUUGCGUGGGCUAUUGGGACGCAUGUUGGGUGAGAAAGCCCAAGCAUCAGCCUGUAAAGACAUUGCUCAUAUAGUGAUUAAGCAAAUGAAUUCAAUUGAUUUCAAUCCUGAAAAUGCCAAGGACUGUAAUCAAGAAACUUUGUUCAGUCAACACAUGUUGGUAUGUGCACUUCAAGAGACUGGAAGCCUUGUUUUAGGCUUAGGAACCACAUCAGCAUCUGUGAUAUCAGAUCCAUCUCAAAGUGUGAUUGAAGCAACGAUGGCGGUUCUAAUGCAUCCGUGUCAGGCAGCGCGACUUGCUGCUGCAUGGUGCCUUCGUUGUGUGUGUGUGGCUGUACCAAGUCAAAUUACACCGUUGAUUGAUAGAUGCAUUGAAGGAAUUGAAACAAUGAGAUUAUGCCCUGAGGGAUUAGCAGGAUAUAGUGCUGCCCUUGCUGCAGUUCUUGGAGGCGUUCGUUUGUCACCUCUGGGAGUUCCUCAUACAAAAGGAAAGGUUAUUUUCAAUACAGCUGAAGAACUUCUACGCAGUGCUAGCCAAAAUAGUCGACUCUCUCUGCAUAGAACUCAGUCUGGUUGGUUACUAAUUGGUGCAAUUAUGACACUGGGUGUUCCUGUGGUGCGAGGUCUUUUACCUCGCAUGUUGUUACUAUGGAGAAAUUCAUUUCCCAGAUCUAAUAAGGAAUUGGAAUCGGAAAAAGCAAGAGGUGAUGCUUUUACAUGGCAGGUGACCUUAGAAGCUAGAGCAGGUGCGUUAUCAGCGAUGUACAGUUUCCUUCAAAAUUGCCCUGAAUUAGUGAGUGAAGAUGUCAUUCGAAGAUUGCUUACACCAGUAGAAUCAGCUUUAGUGAUGUUGACAAAUAUAUCAGUGAUAUUAAAGAGUUAUGGACAACAUUUGAAAGCUCCUGCUGCCAUGGUGAGACUCCGACUCUAUCAGACAUUGUCUUUACUACCGUCACAAGCUUUCGAAGGCUCUUACACGCAUCUUUUGAGGAUGUUAGUAGCCGAGUUUACAUUAACUGAAAAUGCUGCAAAUACAACAACUUCCCUUCUACGCACUGUAUGUCAUGCAGACGAUUCCGUUAUUCUUGGAACAUGGCUUCAAGAGACAGAUCAUCGAUCCAUUGAAGACCAGCUGCAACCAAAUAGUGCUGCUGGAUCCGGAGCUCUGGAGCAUGAUACGUGUUGUUUAUAUCAACAAGUACAAAUGGGAGAAAACUGCCCAGGACCUUUGCCGUUGGGAGUUGCUGUCAUUGAUAUGUCAGUGACCUUAUUUGGCCAAAUUUUUCCUCACGUUGCUAAUAAGCAUCGUUUACAAAUGUUAGACCAUUUUGCAGAAUGCAUAAGACAUGCUAAAUCAGCACGACAGGAAGCUGUGCAGUUAAAUGUUUUUACUGCUGUUCUCAGUGGUUUGAAGGGCCUUAAUGAUUGUAAGGCUACAUUUGGCCAAGAAGAUGUGAAAAAGUCUGCUACAACUCUUAUAAUUGGUGCCCUUACAAGCCCAAAUCCAAUUUUACGCUGUGCUUCUGCAGAAUCUUUGGGCCGCAUGGCUCAAGUCAUAGGAGAUUCAAAGUUUACUGCUGAAUUAGCACAGAUGAGUUUUGACAGACUGAAAUCAGCAAGGGAUGUGGCAUCGCGUACUGGUCACUCCCUUGCAUUGGGAUGUCUGCAUCGAUAUGUGGGAAGCAUGGGCUCUAGUCAGCAUUUGAACACAAGCGUCAGCAUUCUUCUUGCACUGGCCCAAGAUGCUUCGUCACCAAUAGUUCAAGUUUGGUCAUUACAAGCUCUGGCUUUAAUAGCUGAUUCUGGCGGACCUAUGUUCCGAGGAUAUGUUGAACCUACAUUGUCCUUAAUACUGAAACUGUUGCUUGGUGUACCACAAUCCUAUGUAGAUGUGCAUCAAUGUAUUGGCAAAGUUUUGGCUGCUUUAAUUACAACAGUUGGUCCUGAAUUGCAAGGUAACACUACUUCUAUCUGUAUGGCUCGAUCAAGUUUUCUGUGUGCUUGUGCUAUCAUGCAAGAUCAUCAAGAUCCCUUGGUUCAAGCAGAGGCAACUGGCUGUUUACAACAACUACAUUUAUUUGCUCCUCGCCAUGUGAACUUGUCAUCAUUGGUCCCAACACUUUGUAGAACAUUAUCCAGUAGACAUUUACUGCUCCGUAAGGCUGCUAUUUCAUGUUUACGUCAACUUGUCCAAAGAGAAGCAAAAGAAGUCUGCGAACAUGCUAUGACACUAGCUAGUGAAAGUAGGGAUUCCAACACUGUUGAAGGCUUGCUUAUAACUGAAAGUGGAUUACCCGGAGUACUGUUUUCCAUGCUUGAUACUGAAAACGAUGAAAAUCUAAUAAAAGACAUUCAUCAUACACUGACAAGUAUGCUUCACAUGAUGGCAGCAGAUAAUCUUUCUCAGUGGCUUUUGUUAUGCAAGGAUGUCCUCACAGUUGCAACAGAAUGUGGAACUGGUAAUGCAGAGGAGUCAAAAGGAGCCAUUGGAGCGGCAACAGGAACUGAUGAAGAAAGAGACGAAUUAGAAGAAGCUGAUGAUGAUGACGAUGAUGAUAUAGAAUUUCAUGCUGACAAUGAACAAUCAAGCCGUCCGGCUAUACAACCUCGAUGGCCAACACGAGUGUUUGCUGCUGUUUGUGUGCGGCGUAUAAUCCUAGCUUGUGAAUCCCAAAGAGGUGCCCAUUUUGAUUUGUCUCUUGCUAAGGAGAUGCAAUUGACAAAAAAUAGAGGGGAUUACCUGGUUCUACAUUUGUCUGAUCUUAUCAGGAUGUCAUUCAUAGCUGCAACUAGUGAUUCUGACCCUCUUCGUUUAGAAGGUUUGAAAACUUUGCAGGAAAUCAUUGAGAAGUUUGCACAUGUACCAGAACCAGAGUUUCCAGGACAUCUUCUUUUGGAACAAUUUCAAGCUCAGGUUGGUGCAGCAUUGCGACCGGCCUUUUCACCUGAAACUCCAUCUCAUGUGACUGCUGCUGCCUGUCAAGUGUGUAGUGCAUGGAUUGGUAGUGGGGUUGCUCGUGAUUUGAAUGAUCUCCGCCGUGUUCAUCAAUUACUAGUAUCCUCACUGACCAAAUUGCAUAAAGGUGCAAAUACAGCUGGACUUUAUAAUGAGAGCCUUGCCACUCUUGAACGUUUAGCCAUCCUAAAGGCUUGGGCUGAGGUAUACAUUGUUGCAAUGAAAAAUAGUAGCUUUUUAUUGAGGAGCAUGGAUACAAGUUUUGGAUCUCUACCUGACAAUGCAUCUAAUAGUGAUGCCAAAGACGAAGAAUUUGGCGAAUUUGAAUGUCAGGGAGAAAGUUUAUUGAAACUAGUGCAACCUGAACUACAUAAUCUCUCUCAGAAUUGGUUUGCUGCUCUACGUGAUUAUGCACUUUUGUCAUUACCUCCAGAAUUUGCUAGUCAGCUGCCACAUGAUGGAGGAGCUUUUUAUACCACAGACACAAUGGAAUCUUCUCGUCCUCACUAUGCUGCUUCAUGGCCACCGAUUUUGCACGCUGUGGCCCUUUGGUUAAACGCUGAAGGUUUCCACAAUAAAUCAGAAGUCGCCACUGCUCCCAGUGCUCCUCCUCACCCUUCCAAAGCGAGCGCAAACGGAGGAUCCAAUAUCGAUCGCUUCCACUUGCUUUUUGGUAUUUGCAUUGAAGCACUGUGCAAUCCUCGCUCCUCUGAACCUUUGGAAAGUAUUUAUACAUGUUUGCAAGCUUUACACGCAUUGCUUGAUUCAAAGUGGCCUCGACAGACUCUCAUGACUGAGAAGUCUCUUGCAAUUGAGCUGUGUAACGUUUUGCACAGGCUUCUGCUGACGCAUGAAAGUCCCAAAAUACAACUGUUAGUGUUAUUGGUUUUAAAGCAAGUAAUUUUGGCUGCUCAAGAGCAUAUUGAUUCUCGAAAGAAGAGUCUAAAAGAUACUUCACCCGAAAACAAAGACAUACAGUCUUCCCAAGAAUCAGAAUUAAUUGGGGAAGGUGGUGAAUCAGGCGAUAUUGUUCCAGGAAGUUCAUUAGUGUUUGCUGCUUUAGAAGUUUGUUUAUGCCUCAUUGUGAAAAAAAUGUCCAACUUAAAUCCAUCAAGUUCUUCUCUUUCUUCAAUGUCUUCUCAAUUAAGUGCACAGAGACUAUCAGAAGAGAGUAAUAAACUCAUCUCAGUAGCCCUUUCUAUCUUGGAAGGUCUGACACAUCUGUGCUCACCCAAAGGUGCUGUAGCAGUAUUGCCAACCAUUUUAUACCUUGUAAUUGGAAUUUUGAAGGAAUCUGCUACAAAAAAUAGCGGUGAUCAAACAAUUUUGGCAAAUGGUGAGCCCAUUUCAUCAGCUUUACGCUGUUUACGAUCAUUGGCUACAGACAAAUAUUGUAAAGAUACACGAUCAGCUGACAAGUGGAAAAAGUUGCUUCAGAGUGCUUUAGUGAAGAUUAUUGAAUUAAGUAGAGAAGAUUUUAGUCCAAUGAAAAUAGAUGAAUCCACGACUCUGUUGGCAGUAGCUGUAUUCGUUUUACAUUCUCCCCCAGAGGUUAUACUAGCUCCAAACCUACAAUGUUUGUGUGUGAAUCAGUUUCAGCAGUGUCUACAGAAUGGAAAUAUUAGGGUAAGGUUGAAGUGUGUGCAGACAUUGCGUGCUAUCUUCACUCACUCGGAUAGAUGUGUAGCAGUACCGUACAUACAAGCAUUAGCUCCUCAUUUGCUGCACUUUUUGUGCACAAUGUGCAAUAAAGAAGUGUCAUCUGAGUCUGAAUUGCUCUUAAUAUUGGAAAGCAUUCAGUGCAUGGAAAGUCUAGUAUUAAUCGCUGAAAGCAAACAUAGAGUACAGGUUCUUAAUUUGUUGGUGCCAAUCCUGGUUAAUUACCUUUUAAUGGAUACUGAAAUAAGAAAUUCUAAACAACUUGUUCGUCAACUUCAUGAGCAGUGUCUUCAGAAACUUAUGCGAAUAGGACCAUUGUAUCCUCAGGAAUUCAAGACUUUGAUGUCUCGAUCAAGUGAGUUGCGGACUAAGUUGGAAGCAGCAAUUAGAGCCAAUCAACAACAGGCUGAAAAGAAAGAGUCUUAUUCUUCUAACACUACAAAAUUGCAUACUUUCCAACCCCCAACUAUAAAACUGAAAACAGACUUCAGUAAUUUUACAUGUUAAUUCUAAUUAUAAUUAGAAAUAUAAUACUGAACAUUCCAGUCAUUGUAUAUAUGUGAGAGUGACAUUUUAAAACUUAUAAAAUUGAAAGAGAUAUAUGGCCUCACAAAUGGUGCUGAACUAGUGAUGAAGUUCUUUAAUGAAACAUAUGGUCAUAGGUUGCAACUAUUUUAUUUACAAAAGGAUAAAAUAUAUCAGUUGAAUUUUUAAAAAAUUAACAUUUUGUGCAUGUUUGAAAAGCAAUAAAGUACAAGUCAAAUUUAAAGAGUAUAAUGAGGAGUAAAUGAAUAACUGAUUUGUUAUUGUUUGUUUUUCUGCUUUUAUUGUUUUUCUGAGUUAAUUGUUCAAAAUAUCUAAUUGAUCCAUAAUGAAUUUUUGUGCAUCUUGAUUGAAAAUUAUUUUAAUUUGAAUUAUUUGUUUGAAUGUUGUUAAUGAACAAUAUUUUUUAUAAUUUAACAUGCAAUUAAUUGUUGCUUUGUAAGUGGAAAAGAUCCAGGAGAAGAAAAAAUAACAAAAGACGCAAACAUUGAUUUUGCCCUUAAUAUUUCCUAGUUUUUAUGGAUCUCAUCUCAAGUUCAAGAUUUUAAAGUUUGACAUAAAUAUUUUUUCAUUAAAGUCAAUGUUUCUUCUGAAUUAACCAGUUUAACAUUUGUAUACACAUGACAAAUUCACAAUAAUACCGAUGAUUUUUCAACAAUUGAAAGAAAUAAGAUUAAUUACAGAUUAAUUGUAUAAUUGAUAAUAAAUGUAAAUAAGUACAAUAUAUCGGUGUUCCUUCAAUGUUUUCAGGCCUCAGAUUUCCUGGCACAAGUACCUUCUUACAGAACAUCUGUUCAAAUUUUCUUCAAAUAUAGUGUUUGUUGUUAUUCUGAUGUUUAGGUACAUAGGAAAACAAAAGCAAAAUCAUGAUAUUCUACAGUAUAAAACAUCAAAAGUCAAAGAUUGACUUAUAUUUCUAUAUAACAUCAAUAAAACAUUCAAAUCUGUAUAUGUGUUACUUUAGUAUACUAUAUAAAUAAUGUUCAGUGAAAUCCACCUUAAUAUACUAUGAGAACAUUUUCAGAUUCACUUUCUUGCUGUUUAUGAAGAAACAGUUCUGUCACAUAUGUAUGUAAAUUAAAUAUUUUCAUUGGCUGUACUGUAAUUUUUAAAACUAUGAUUUUUCAAUUGCACAGUUGAAAGUUAGGGGCCAUUCUGGAAGUGAACAUUAUGUCAGUAAUUUACAAAUUGUACUGUGUUCCACUGCUUAAAUAACUCACAACCAAGACCUCAAAAUAUUUUUGAAAAUUAUAAAAUUGGAAAAGAGUGGUUGUCUCUACAUAAAUUUAAUAUUUUUGGUUUAUGUGGAUUUCACUGGAAUAACACCUUAAUUGCCAAUCAUUGUUUACUCCAAAUAAAUAUAGUAAUAGAAUAAUACUAUUUUGAAAGAACAGUAAUAAUGAAGAAAAUGCGUGUAAGAUACCAGAAUACCUUUCUAAUGCUGUUGUAUUAUAUGUGACAUGUAGAUAGUAGUAUUCCUUUUGUACAAUUUUGUCACUAUUUUGUAUUGAAGAAACAGAUUUAAAUUGAAAUUCUCAAGGAAAUACUAUAAUAAUUUGUAGUGUACCUUGUAGAAAUUGGGUUUGAGAAAUGCUGUAAGUUUGUGAAAUAUAUAUUAACUUUUCUGUUGUUGAAGAUUUUUAUUGCCAGUAGAAAUUGAAAGACAGAAACCUUGGUCUGUGGUCAUUACUUCUCCCUUAACACUCGUGUUAAAAGAAGAAUAUUUGAUCUCAAUUUAAAAUUGUACAUCAGGGAAUAACAAAGGAGAUCGUUAACAGGGUUCAAAAACUUGCAUAAAUUAUGAAAUGUAACUGGUUGACCAUGUUGAGAUCCUUAGGGGAGGUAUUUUUAUGCUAUUUUUUCACUUUUAUGUUAAUCAUUCAUUCAGCAUUCUAAUGCCUAUAAAAUUUAGGGUUUUUCCCAACUGUUGGAAAGUGAUUUAAUAAAAAAUAAAUUUCCAAACAUUUCAGCCACACAUGCAGAACCAUGAAAAUCUACAUUGCUUCUUAAUAUAAAUAUUAUUCUUAGCAUUACAAUGAAAAUUAAAGGGUUUUUAUUGGGCGAAUUGCAUACUUUUGCAUUUUAAUUUUGUAUUAGCUCUAUAUUAAAGAGCCUGAAAAGGCAGAUAUUCUAUGAAGAAAUGGAAAGCAACAAACUAUAAUGAAAGAACCAAUAUUUAAUGAACCAUUAAUUAGAUGAAUUAGAGGUGCUGGCACAGCACAUAUGUUCUUGCAUUAAUUCUAAAUUUGUGACAAGUUUUGGAGCAUAUUUUGAGAUGCAUCUUUUAUAAAUUUAAUUAAUUGUAAGCAGAAAG